AAUAAUCGGGACGGCCUUCGCAGCGCCAAAAUUGUUUUGCCAAAGAAUUAGGAGGAGCGGGACGACGCUAACGUUUAUUAGAGCCGUUGAUGGAGACGGUUCGUACCUCGGUAUGUGGAGGAAGGCCAAGGACAGGUGAAAAGAAGGAAGCCGAGUUUCAAAAACUCGUUCUUAAUUUGGCCGAUGACAGCGGCGGUGGCGGCGGCGGUGGUGAGAAGAAAGAGGUUUUCGAGAAGAAGAGCCAGGAGUUCCAGAAGAUUUUGGAAACUUCUAAGGAGGAAAGGAAUCGUAUUCAUAGAAUGCAAGUGAUUGAUCGUGCUGCGGCGGCGAUUGCGGCGGCUCGCUUCCUUAUCCAGAACAAGGAUUUCUCGAGGAAGGAUGAUUCCAGCAGCGAAAACCGCAAUACAUUUAGGGUUCAAGAAGACGGAAAGCAGAGUGGGAGCAUUUUCGUUAGUCCACCGACAAAUGCUGGAAAUGUAACACCUGGUCCAGAUUUUUGGUCCUGGACACCUCCUCAAAGUACUGAUCAGAUUUCAAAUGAAAUGGAAGAGUUGCAGGUUGCUAGACAAACUUCGGAGCUUCCAAUUUCUAGUCGUCCGGUUCUAGAGAAAGAUCGGUCUCUCCAUUUCCUCUCUAUUCCUUUCGAGAAGAAAGCUCAUGAGACGACCCGCAAUCUUCCACCGUUUCAGUCACUGGUAGAGGUUGAUAAAACAAAAGUAUCUGAGGUUGCUGUAGAAGAGAAUUCUUUAGAAGUGGAACACGACCUUGAGUGGAAUUUUCUGCAUAUGCUGUCGAAGCAGCUGAUGCCAUUCACAUGGCCAAAGAAUUAUCAUCCCAAGGAGUCAAUCAAGAUGGAACUAGAUGGUGGAUGGAAACAGGAGUUGAGCAAAGACCCGAUGGUGUGAUUUGCAGGUGGACAAUGAUUCGGGGUGUUAGUGUUGAUCAAGCUGUUGAAUGGCAAGAUAAGUAUUGGGAGGCUUCCAAUGAAUUCGGUUACAAAGAACUCAGUUCUAAGAAAUCAGGACGUGAUGUUUAUGGCAAUGUAUGGAGUGAAAAGUGGAGAGAAUCGAUGUUGCAGGAGAAUGGACUUGUACAUCUUGAAAAACUGCUGAUAAGCGGGGAAAGAAUGCUGAGGGUGCGAAGUGGCACGAAAAAUGGUGGAAGAUUAUGAUGCAUCGGGGAAUCCGAGAAAUGAGUUGACAAGUGGUGCAGUAUAGAACCGAACACCCCUCGAAUCUGGUCAUGCUCAUGUUUGGCAUGAAAGGUGGGGUGAACAAUAAGACGGAUAUGGCGGCAUCGUGAAAUACACCGACAAAUGGGCGGAGCUGUGCGAAGGCGACGGUUGGGCGAAAUGGGUGACAAGUGGGACGCAUUUCGACCCCAACGGGGUGUAAAGCAAGGGGAAACAUGGUGCAGGGAAGCA